AGGUGGGUCGGAAAGGAAGCUCAAAGAAGCGGUUUAUGAAAACAACACCGGGCUAAGGUGGUGUCACUGACGCAUGGCAGGACAUUAUAGACACUAAUGAGGGGGCUCACCUGCUAUUUAAAAUUUGCUCCUAAAAUGCCAAAGUAUUAAACAUACAGAAUAUCCCACAUCUAGUUUAGGCUAUGCCUCGUCGACAUUAGACCAGACCUCAUUUGCAAGAAUAAAUAUACAGAGUAGCUUCCUCAAACCGAGAAUAUUGCAAGAACUUUCCGUUCAGAUCUUAGGAACAUUUUGUUGAUCUCGUACAACUGUUAUUAGGAGAUUCUAUAACAUGUCUUUGAAAACAAGGUUGGUUGUAAAAGCCGAUGCUUCUGGAGAUGUUAAAGUGCCAAUAUGCUGCUCAGCUCGCCUCAGUUUAGCACUCUGGGCCUUCUUUGGAUUCUUUCUCUUAUACGCACUCCGUGUGAAUUUAAGCGUUGCUCUAGUGGACAUGGUAGAAUCAAAUGCAAGCUUGACCAAAAACACAACUUCAGAUAUAUGCCCAGAACAUUCUUCCACUCCCAUUGUUCUUCGUAACACUACAGGGAAGAAGUACACCUGGGAUGCUGAUACCCAAGGCUGGAUCCUUGGGUCCUUCUUCUAUGGCUACAUCAUUACUCAGAUUCCUGGUGGAUAUCUUGCACGCCAGUUUGGGGGAAAGCUGCUGCUGGGGUUUGGCAUCUUGGGUACCGCAGUCUUCACCCUGUUCACACCUUUAGCAGCAGAUUUAGGAGUUGGAUUCCUCAUAGCAGUCAGAGCUUUGGAAGGCCUGGGCGAGGGUGUAACCUUUCCUGCAAUGCAUGCCAUGUGGUCUUCUUGGGCUCCUCCAUUGGAACGCAGCAAACUUCUUAGUAUUUCAUAUGCAGGUGCACAGCUAGGAACUGUUGUCUCUCUUCCGUUGUCUGGCUUGAUCUGUUUUUACAUGGACUGGAUUUAUGUAUUCUACAUAUUUGGUGCCUUAGGUGUGUUGUGGUUCCUCUUCUGGAUAUGGAUGGUUAGUGAUACACCAGAAACUCACAAGAGAAUUUCCAAUGCAGAAAAAGAGUACAUUCUCUCUUCCCUUACAGAUCAGCUUUCUACCCAGAAGUCUGUGCCUUGGGAGGCCAUGUUGACAUCCCUUCCACUUUGGGCUAUUGUUGUUGCACACUUCUCUUAUAACUGGACUUUCUACACCCUCCUUACCCUGUUGCCUACAUACAUGAAGGAGAUUCUGAGAUUUGACGUGCAAGAGAAUGGAUUUUUAUCUGCCGUGCCUUAUUUUGGCUGCUGGAUCUGUAUAAUUUUUUCUGGUCAAAUUGCUGAUUAUUUACGGGAAAAGCAAAACAUGUCUACUGUAUGUGUGCGCAGAACAUUUACUCUGAUAGGAAUGAUUGGACCUGCAGUUUUCCUUGUAGCAGCCGGAUAUAUAGGCUGCAAUUAUCAACUGGCUGUCGCAUUUGUAACCAUAUCAACAACGUUGGGUGGAUUCUCUACAUCUGGAUACAGCAUCAACCACCUGGAUAUUGCACCUUCAUAUGCUGGUAUCCUCCUUGGAAUCACAAAUUCAUUUGCUACUAUCCCGGGAAUGGUGGGUCCACUCGUUGCAAAGAGCCUGACUCAUAAUAAUACUGUAGAAGAGUGGCAGAUCGUGUUCUAUAUUGCUGGUGCCAUUAACUUAUUUGGAGCGAUUUUCUUUGCAUUAUUCAGCAGUGGAGAAGUACAAGACUGGGCACUCAAUGGCUACCACUUGCAUAGGAACUAAAGGAAUACAUAGGUCUAAUCACCAAGCAUUACAAUCAUGUGGCCUGGAAUGCCUUUCACAUGACAUCUACAAAGUCUACUGUAACUCUUCCCUGUUGGGAUUAGAAUAUAUUUCACAUCUUAAUAUGCUGAUCUUAGUAAUAAGAAGUUGAAGUCUCAUGCUGUGGUAGGCUCACACUAUCACAGUGUCAGAUACCUGGGGAUGUAGCAGAUUUUAAUCAAUGUAUUAACUUUUUUAAAUAUUGUGUAUGAAUUAAAUUAUUGGAAAAUAACGUAUUGUUGAAAUGCCAUUAAGUAGUAGUUAAGGGAAAAUGCAGAAGAUUGCAUAUAGUAAAGGGAUGUUGUUUUUGUUGUUUUUAAAAAAUCCUUAAGUAAAGUUUGUUAGAACUAUUGCUAUUUUAGCAGUAUUUAUUUUCCUUGUCCUAUUAAUCUUAAUAAUCAAUGGAAAUUAAAAGAGGGAAAGCUAUUUUGUGUGCCCUCUUAAAGUAUACAUUUGUCAGCUUAUAACCCCUGUAAGGAUUCAACAAAUCAUGAAAGCACAUUUGCUGAUUAGAUUUAAGAACAAAAUAUGCCAAACUCUUCUAUCACGUGCAGAUGUUCAGACAAGAAUGAAUGUCUGGAAGUAUGCCCUCUCAGAUCCCCCCUUAUUGUCCUAUCAGCUAUUUAGAGAAACAAAUUGGCAUUAUCUGUGUAAAAUAAUAUCCAAGUGAUUGCAGAGCCAGGAUAGAGUUGGUGAGUAGAGGAAGGCAAAGCAUGUUUAAUUGGCUGUUAUCUAACCAUCCGUUUUAUUCACUCAAGAGAUUUUAGUGUGUCCGCACAGGCUGUCUUCAGGGAUUGGAUGUGCUCAUGGAAUAUGCAUCAAAAUCCUGCAGCCCUUAUUCAGUGCUUGACUUGUACACUGUAGAUAAGGGCUGUGUCAGCUUACUUUGGUUGUGAUGGUAUCUGGAAUAUCCAACAUGGAGUUGUCUCAUGUUGCAUCACACCUUUUUCAAGGGAAUUCUCCCAGACUUCAACAUUGACAACUAACAGGAAUGGAGGGAACUCACCUGCACAUACCUCCUUACAGGAAAGAAAGCAAAUAGGAACAUUCAGGAAAAGUUUUGGAGUCUUGUUGUCGUUAGUCAGAAAAAUACUUUAUAAAUAUAUAGACACUCCCACCCUGGGUUUAGUUUUCUUUCUCUACAUACCAGACUGGCUGACACCUACCAAAGUAUUAGCUGCCAGUAGGAUGCCUAAAGCUUAAAUACUGUGCCCAUCAAAUACUGCGGGAUUUAAUUCCAAGUAACAUGCACGGGAUUGCACUCUGAAAAUUCAGAUUACCGUAACACUGAAAAUGUGUGCACAUGUGGUAGAGGCCUACUUAAAAGCACAUGGGGAGAUUGAGUGGAAAUGACAGGGUGGGCUAUAAAGCUGAGACUUUGGAAUCACUGUAAGCUGAGUACCCAAAGAAGUGGAUAAAGGACCUCUUGUGAAGCUUCCAGGUGUAAAGCAAGCAGGAGGGAGGGACACUUGUCAUGUUGGCUGGGAAUACUGGGAGUUGAAGGCCAACACAACUGGAAGUCACCAUGUCAGGGAAGGCUGCCGAACAGUGUUCCUUCCACCUACCAAAAGGGAAAUAUAAUACAUCAGCCGCUCGCUGCUCCAGUGGACCCCUGCUGCCUUCAUUUCUAAGAAAUGGCCGAUUUUUCUCUACCGCUUUUACACACCAUUUUAAUGUUCAUUGAAAUGUUCUAAUGUCAUAUUUUAGUCAUGUUAUAUCUGCAAUUUUUAAGUCUAAUAAACUGUACUGCCAUU